AUGUCGACUCCACUGAUUAGCCAGGUUUCCAUCAUUUUUUCGCUAUGCAUUUCUGACCUGGUUUCCGAAAAGCUUCGCUACUCGAUUCCCGAGGAAAUGGAACGUGGAACCUUUGUUGGCAACGUCGCUGACGAUCUAGGAUUAAAGGUUUGGGAAUUAUCAAGUCGCAAAUUUCUGCUGAUUUCUGAUUACUCGAAGCAAUUCAUAGAGGUAAAUGUAGAAAAUGGUUUCUUGUUUGUUAAUGAAAGAAUCGACAGAGAACAGCUUUGUAGCAAAACCGCUGCAUGUUCUCUCUUUUUCCAAAUCACGCUUGCUGAUCCUUUGGAAGUGUAUCCCGUUGAAGUGGAGAUACGAGACAUAAAUGAUAAUUCACCCGUCUUUUCCAAAAAGGAAUUCGAUUUGCAAAUCAAUGAAUUAAACGCGCUGGGAGCACGUUUCCUUCUCGAGAGCGCGCGUGAUCUGGACGUGGGUACAAAUACAAUCAACACAUACCAGAUCAGUCCGAACGAGCACUUCGGUAUUAAAGUGCAGACAAGAAGAGGUGGCAGUAAAAAUGCCGAGCUGGUAUUAAAGAGGUCUUUGGACCGUGAACAACAAUCAAUAUUUACUCUGGUAUUGACGGCUAUCGAUGGUGGGAUUCCGCAGAGAUCUGGCACAGCGCGGAUCAUCGUUAAUGUCAUGGACGCAAAUGAUAACUACCCCGUAUUCGAUCAUGAAACUUACAGGACGUCAGUGCUAGAAAACAUCGCGAAUGGCUCUUUGGUGUUAAGGGUUCAUGCUACUGAUAUAGAUGAAGGAACAAACGCAGAGGUAACAUAUUCUUUCACACAUCACGUUAACCAAAAUAUUCGCGACUUGUUCAAAUUGGACCCUGUGACUGGAGAGAUUAGAGUUCAAGGAGUAAUAGAUUUUGAAGAAACAAAUGCAUAUGAAUUUGACAUCCUGGCGGUGAAUUCCGCUCCACCUGAAUUGUCAGCCCAUGCAAAUGUUGCUAUCGAUGUCAUUGACACUAAUGAUAAUUGCCCUAACCUGCAAGUAACAAUACUAUCCAGUGCUGUGCAGGAAGAUGCUGCUUCGGGGGUUAGUAUAGCUCUGAUCAGCGUAACGGAUCGCGAUUCUGGAGAAUAUGGGGAAGUUCAGUGUCAGAUUCCAGACAGUAUUCCGUUCAAGAUCGAAAAAUAUCUGAAGGGCAACUACAAAUUGAUUACCGAUGGCUUUCUGGAUCAUGAGAUUACCCCACUGUACAAUAUCUCCGUUUCAGCCUGGGACGGUGGAUUUCCACCUCUUUCAAUUAGUAAAUCCAUUGUGGUUUCAGUUAUUGAUGUAAAUGACAAUGCACCUAUAUUUACUCAAUCAUCAUAUAACGUGUAUCUGAUGGAAAAUAAUACUCCCGGUGCUUCUAUAUUUGCUGUUAGUGCAAAUGAUGCUGAUUUGAAUCAGAAUGCGGAAGUAUCUUAUUCCAUUUUAGACGAUCAAAAGCACGAAAUACCUUCUUCCGCGUACAUCACGAUUAACUCCAAAACCGGAAACAUUUACGCAUUGCGCUCCUUCGACUAUGAGCAACAGAAACAUUUCCAGGUGGCAAUUCAAGCUCAGGAUGCUGGAUCACCUCCACUGAGUAGCACUACCCUUGUAAACGUUAUUAUCCUGGAUCAAAAUGACAAUGCACCCAUUAUUAUUUCACCUUUAACUUGGAACACAUCAGCAACAGUGGAGAUCCUGCCCAAAGCAACAUCUCCAGGAUACCUGGUCACCAAGGUACUUGCGUCUGACAAAGAUUCUGGUCAGAACGCAAGGCUUUCCUACCAGUUAUUGGAAGCCACUGACCCUGGCCUUUUUACUGUGGGACAUCUCUCUGGAGAAAUCAGAACAACACGAGCAUUUAGUGAUCAAGAUAUCAGUACAGAAAGAUUGGUCCUCCGUGUGAAGGAUAAUGGACAGCCAAGUCUUUCAACUACAGUUGCAAUCUCAUUUACCUUAAUUACCAACGUAACUGAGAAAUCGUUUGAACAAAUUGAUAAGCCUAGAAAACUGGAAUAUUUUUCUGAUAUAAACAGCUACCUAAUCAUUAUAUUAGGAUCAAUUUCCUUUUUAUUUCUCAUGCUCAUUGUUUGUUUGCUCAUCCUGAAGUAUAGACAAGAUAGAAAUAUUGCUGAAGAUUACAGCCCCACUGUUUGUUGUUAUCGUCAGGGUAAUUCAGAUGAUGGCUUGAGUCGACCAACAGGACGCCAUCCUUUGAGUUAUAGCGGGACCGUUCAGACUGAAACUUAUCAUUACAGUGUGUGUUUGUCACCAGAAUCAUCGAAGAGUGACUUUCUCUUUUUGAAACCUUGUCAUCCUACGUUGCCUUUCAAUGAAAUGGUUGAUCAUGACAACAACGCAAUGAACUAA